AUGUUACUCUCGUUUGCAUCUGGCUGGUGGCCAUUUACGGUCACAAUCGUAUCGCUUGCAGGUCCCUUCCUGUUCAAGCAGCUUCGCGCAGCCAGACGCGAGGAAGCCGCCGACGACGAUGAGCCACGAAAGCGUUCAGGCCGACCGUUGAUCUCGUUGCUCUUAUUAUUAAACUCUAUCUAUAUAUUGUAUCAUUUGCUGCUCGAACCACCCCCAAAUCUCUUCACGUCGCUGCGUAUUCCAUUCACAACACCAGCCCCGACCAUUCGCGCGCUUCUCUUGCAACGAACAGACCCACCAACAGACUUUUUGCCACCUCAAAUGGAACUAUUACUCACUAAACUUGCCUCUUUUGAAGUCCGGACGAUGUAUUCGAGGUUUGGACAUAAUGUCAUCAUCGGAUGCUCAGACUGUCAAAACUUUCUUCAUUUUGGACUAUAUGCGCUCCCCUUGGCUCUGCUCGACUACCUUCGCAAUAUUUUCAUCUACGGUAUCGUCACACUGAGGGGGACGGGCCGUGAGCGUCUCCGUCUUUUGGGAACAGGUGCCCUCGUCACAGCUGCCGCGUUUGAGGCAUGGUGGAUCGCAACUGUCGACAUCAAGGUCCCAAGGGAUGGACUCGGCGUCACUAUGUGGCAUGACCGACUCUUUCUAGUCCGUCAAGUGAUUUUCCUAAUCGUGCCUGCCCUCGCGCACAAUCUCCCCGCUUCACCACAGAAGCCAAUUUCACCGCUCUUCCUCCUAUCAAGGACCGCGAUGGAACUCGACCUGACGGAAGCCAAAGCCCGAACUCUUGACAUGACACACACUGCAACCAUGCGAGAUCCCGAGCUGCGGCACAACGCGACCAAUUGGUGGACCUGGCAGCAGCAAGAGGCCGAGUGGGGGCGACAAGACGAAAGAUUAGAAGAAGAGGCGGAAAAGGUCGGGAUGGGUAUUCACUCUGGGGAUGCGGAAGCGGGGACAGAGCCUGGAGUAUUGCUCGCCAAAACACGCAAGGCGGUCAAGGAUCUCUUAAAGAUGGCAUGGGGAUGGGAGGAUCCAGUAGAGUUUUCCGCUCCCGACACGUCGCAGGUACCAUCAUCCCCCGCGCGACCGACGUGA